CUCAUGGAAGAGGAGGGGAGAGUGGCGUGUAGAGAGGCUCUGGCGGCUCUUCCAAGGAUCGAAGCAGCAGCUGGGAGGCAAAGAGAGAACCAAUAAGAGAACUCUGGACACCUGAGAAUAACAAGCAACAUUAAAAAGGAAAGGAAAUGAAGCCAGAAAUAAAAAUAUUCUCUAUUUCCUUCAGAAAACCCCAAAAUUAUCCUCCUUCUCCAGUAGGUGAUCACGAAGAGAUUUCAAACUGAAAAGAGUAGCGUAUGUGGAACACAAGGAUUCAUUAUAUGUAGUUCUCAACUUACAACUGUUCAUUUAGUAACUGUUUGAAGUUACAAUGCAACUGAAAAAACUGACUUAUGACCCUUUUUCAUACUUAUGACUAUUGCAGCAGUCCCAUCAUCACGUGAUCUAUAUUUGAAUCCUUGGCAGCUAACUCACAUUUAUGACGAUUGCCAUAUUCUAGGGUCAUGUGAUCCCGUUUUGCAGCUCCACAGACGUGUGUAUUGUGGUCAAAGUGCGUAUUUCAAAUCACAACUGAGUGUGCAUGAAAUGAUCCACAUUGGAGAAAAGCAAUACUAAUGUGGCCAAAGCUUUAGUCAGAACUGCUCCUUGUGGUUCAUGGAAGGACCCACAUAGGGGAGGAGCCCUACAUGUGCUCCCAACGAAGUGAGCAUGGCAACUUGGUGAUACAUUAGAGAACUCACACCAGGGAGAAACCCUUUGAAACCCUCAGUCUAAACACCGGCCUGGUAAUAUACUAGAGGAUGCACACAAAAAAGAAAUCAUAUGAAUGUUCUGAUUGCGGGAAAUGUUUCACUAGAAAUUCUCACCUUGUGAUGCACCAGAGGACUCACACACGAGGGAAACUCUUUGAAUGUCCUGAUUGUGAGAAAAGUUUCAUUAGAAAAUCCCAGGUCAUGAUUCACCAGAGGACUCACACAGGAGAGAGACCCUUUGAAUGUGCUCUUUGUGGGAAAAGUUUCAGUCAAAAUUCCCAGCUGGUGGUACACCAGAGGACACACACAGGAGAGAAACCAUUUCAAUGUGCUCUUUGUGGGAAAAGUUUCAUUCAGAAUUCUGACCUGGUGAAACACCAGAGGAUUCACACGGGAGAGAAACCCUUUGAAUGUCCCGAUUGUGGGAAAAGUUUCAGUCAGAAUACCAACCUGGUGAAACACCAGAGGACUCACACAGCAGAGAAAUCAUACCAAUGUCCAUAUUGUGAGGAAUGUUUCCUUAGAAAAUUCAAUCUCAUCAGUCACCAGAAGACACACACAGGAAAUAAACCCUUUGAAUGUCCUGAUUGUGGAAAAAGUUUCAUUAGAAAUUCCCAUCUAGUGACACAUCAGAGGACUCACAUAGGAGAGAAACCCUUUGAAUGCCCCGAUUGUGGGAAAUGUUUCAGUCAGAAUUCCCCACUGGUGAUACACCAGAGGACACACACAGGAGAGAAACCGUAUGAGUGUCCAGUUUGUGGCAAACGUUUCUCUCAGAAUUCCCAAAUGGUGAUACACCAAAGGAUUCACACAGGAGAGAAACCCUUUGAAUGUCCUGAUUGUGGAAAAUGCUUCAGUCACCAUUCCAACCUGGUUGUACACCACAGGACUCACACAGGAGAGAAACCUUUUGAAUGUCCUGAGUGUGGGAAACGUUUCAGUCGUACUUCCAGCGUGGUGAUACACCAGAGGACUCACACAGGAAAGAAGCCGUAUGAGUGUCCUGUUUGUGGCAUACGUUUCAGUCUGAAUUCCCACAUGGUGACACAUCGGAGGACUCACACACAGGAGAAACCAAAUUAGUGACUUGUUUGUGGCAAAAGUUUCAGUCAGAAUUCCCACCUGGUGAUUAGAAGGGAAAGGAAGGGAAUGGAAG